AUGUCCGUCAACCGCUUAGCCCCGCUCGUCGUCCCGGCCGCUAAACAGCACACGGCCACUGUCAUUUUCGUCCAUGGACUUGGCGACACGGGCCAUGGCUGGGCUUUAGCUGUUGAGAACUGGCGGCGAGGGCAACAGUUGGAUGGGGUCAAGUUUAUCUUGCCUCAUGCUCCUAGAAUCCCCUUUACGCUUCAUGAGGGAAUGAAGACGUCGGGAUGGUUUGAUAUGAUGGUCGCUCUUGAUGGUAAUGUCAACACCCUGCUCCGCCAGGAGGAUGCCGAGGGUAUCAAACUCAGCCAGAAGUACUUCCACGAGCUCAUACAAGAGGAGAUCGACUCCGGCAUUCCUGCAGACCGCAUCGUCCUUGGUGGCUUCUCCCAGGGCGGUGCCAUGUCUCUCCUUUCCGGUCUGACCUUUAAGGCCAAACUUGCCGGUAUCAUCGGCCUCUCCGCCUGGCUUGUUCUCUCUCAGAGUUUCCCUAACAUGAUCUCACCUACCCACGCGAGUCGCCAGACGCCCGUCAUCAUGUUACACGGUGACCAGGACCCCUUCGUGCCUACGAACCGAGCCCAGCGUGAUGCGGAGAGGCUUACACGGUUGGGAUAUAAUGUGACCUGGAAGACAUAUCCCGGCAUGGGUCACUCUACUAGCUUAAAGGAGUUGGAUGAUGUGGAGGCCUUUUUGAGGGCGCGACUCCUUCCUAAUGCAGGCAAGGAGGAUAAGAAAACUUUGACGAGCCUAGUCUAA